AUGUACCACAUCCAUGGUCCGACUUUGGAGAUUCGCUUGCAUACUAUGGACUCCGGACUCGACUCAACAAAUUCAAUUGGCCUCGACGUUGAUGACGAUGCAGUGCUUCAAAGUUUCCUCAUCAAUGAUCCUCCAUCUUCUCAGCCUCUCUCCACAAGUUUGUCUAUUCACCAAUCGGGCACCAGACCCCUUCUUCAUCUGCCGUUCGAUACAUCCUCUUCCUCACUGCCACAUCUGGCCUCAGCUCAGAUGCCUGUCAGAAAGACUGCUAUUCUUCCUCGUGUCACGUCGCACUGUAAUCUCAGUUUGGCGGUUAUUCCUGUCACAGUAACAGCCACGGCUAGCUCUAAUACCUUCUCCACACUCCCCACAACCUGCGCUGCCACUAAUGCCACAAGGAUCAACAGCAGUGCCCAUGCCAUAGUCGUUAAUAACAGCCGCAGCCUGGCGACUACUACGGAAAGUACAACUGCAUCUUCCGCUCUGCCUGACCGCUUAACUCAUCGUCUUUUACCAAUUCUGCCUGCUCCCUUUCCUACCGUUUCUGUCAGCCAAAAUCCUAGGUCCGUUAUAGCCAUGCCUCGACCCAUCAGGAGGGAAGCUGUUGGUGCUCUACCUGGAACUGUGGCUACAAAUCAUUUGACGAGA